UGUAUGAUUGAAAAAAUGGUCCAUCUUUAUCAUAUUAAUGCUUCUUUUUUUUUUUUCGUAGGUAGUAUAAGAUGUAUCAAGAAUGUCGCAAUUCAUACUGCUUCCAUAUUGUCUAUCAAUGCUGGUGAACACUGGCUCGGAAUAGGGGCAGCUGAUAACUCGAUGUCCCUUUUCCAUCGGCCUCAGGAGAGAAUUGGUGGUUUAUCUAGCACGGGUUCUAAGAUGGCUGGAUGGCAACUCUACAGGACUCCACAAAAAACAGUUGCAAUGGUAAGGUGUGCUAAUUCAGACCUUGAAAGGAAAAGGAUUUAUAGCGGUGGGCGUAAUGGGCUACUUAGAUUGUGGGAUGCAACUAUUAACAUCUAAGUUCCUCUUCUACGUAUUUGUUGUUGUAACUUUGAAGCAUACUUGUGCAAGUGCUUAGUUUUUUGUUAGAGGAGAAGUAUUCCGUUUCACAUUGCUGAGUAUUUUGAUCGACACUGAGGUUACACAGUAGAAAGUAAAAAAUCCUCAAUAUUGUUGGAGAUGUGCUCUUUAUGGGAUGAGAAAAUGUGUUGAAUAAAUACUUAAAAGCAGUGCGAAACAAGCAUUUAUGCAGAGUCUGAGAGUCUUGCUUGUUAUUUAUUGUGGAUGAUGGGCACUAAUAGAGAUGGAUUAAAGUGUGGAUGAAUUUUGAGUUCUAUGCUUCAAA